GAAAAGGGUUAGUGUUAGCGAAAAUACAAAUACAAAUAUUCUACUUUUGACGUCAAAUUUUACAAAAGCUGUAUCCUUCUAGACAUGACCAGGAUGAGGCGCUGUGUUCAAUUUGAAUAUGCUGUUCCCUUCAGUCUGAUUACUUUCACUUUUGUUUAUAGAGCGUAGGCAAGUCAAGGACACAGAAAUAAUAUUUUAUGCAAAAGUGAAUUGAAUGAAAGAUGAGCUACGAUCGUGCCAUCACAGUGUUCUCACCUGAUGGCCACUUAUUCCAGGUGGACUACGCACAGGAAGCGGUCAAAAAAGGUUCAACUGCUGUUGGAGUGCGAGGAAAAAAUGUUGUUGUUCUAGGAGUGGAGAAGAAAUCUGUUGCCAAGCUCCAAGAUGACAGAACUGUGCGCAAAAUCUGCUCCUUGGACAACCAUGUCUUCAUGGCCUUUGCAGGAUUGACCGCAGAUGCCAGGAUCAUUGUUAACAGGGCCAGGGUGGAGUGUCAGAGUCACAGGCUCACAGUGGAAGACCCUGCGACAGUAGAGUACAUCACACGCUACAUCUCCAGCAUAAAACAGCGCUACACCCAAAGCAAUGGACGAAGGCCCUUUGGCAUCUCCUCCCUCAUUGUGGGGUUUGAUUUCGAUGGAACACCCCAUCUGUACCAAACAGACCCCUCAGGAACAUACCAUGCCUGGAAGGCAAAUGCCAUUGGAAGAUCUGCCAAGACUGUUCGGGAGUUUCUAGAGAAAAACUAUAAAGAGGAAGAUAUGGAGUCCGAUACAGACACCAUUAAGCUUGCCAUCAGAGCGCUACUUGAGGUUGUCCAGUCAGGGGGAAAGAACAUUGAGCUAGCCAUUAUGAAGCGGGAUGAAUCAAUGAAGAUUCUGGUCCAAGAGGAAAUCGAGGAAUAUGUCACAGCUAUUGAAACAGAAAAGGAGAAAGCAGAGAAACAAAAGAAGAAAACAUUAACCCUUUUUGAUUGACCAGUCAUGAUUAAACAAACAUGUGCCUUUGUCCAUCUUCAAUAUUGCAUCAGGAAUCUCUUCGUUUCUCUAUCCAUUGCUAGAGGGACCCCCAAGGAUUGCAUAUUUUUAUUCUAGCCCAGCACAAACACCUGAUUUGACUAAUCAGCAGGCUCUUGUUUGGUUGAAUCAGAUAGGCUAUGGUAGUGAUGGGUAGACUCUCCAGCGCUCACAAGGUUCUCAGUGUUGAGCUCAAACAAAUGCUCCCACCCUGGGAGUCCCAAUGGAAUGGAUUGAGAAACACUGCUGCCCUAAUGGAUCACAUGAAAACUUAAGAUUUUACCUUAUUCUUGUAAUGAAUAAAUAUCUGCAUUUAAAAACUA